AUGGUGGUCUCUUUGUCUCAAAUGCACAAGACGUUAUUAGCAGAGUGGAGUAAGGAGCAGAAGAAUACAAAUACAAUCGAACAAGUGCUGAAACAAAUUGGGGAAGCGUUAUUUGACCAAGCAGCUACUGGUUCUCUCGAUGCGAAAGCGCUUACAACCAUUUACAAAGAUUACUAUGAAAUCAGCGCUCUGGUUGCCGUUUUGAGAAACGACAUGGAAGCUUUCGAUGACGCAAUCCCAAGGGAAGCGUUAUUUGACCAAGCAGCUACUGGUUCUCUCGAUGCGAAAGCGCUUACAACCAUUUACAAAGAUUACUAUGAAAUCAGCGCUCUGGUUGCCGUUUUAAGAAACGACAUGGAAGCUUUCGAUGACGCAAUCCCAAGGGUUCUGUCAUUUUACGACCAAUGUCCCACUGCAGCCGAAAAUAAGUAUCUCAUGGUUGGGCUGAACCUGAUGUUUCUUCUAGCUAGCAAUCGACUUUCUGAUUUCCACAUGCUAUUGGAAUCUGUUCCUCAAAGCAUCCAAUCAGGCAACCCUUACAUCUCAACUCCUGUUCGACUCGAGCAAUCGUUGAUGGAAGGAGCAUACAACAAGGUGGUUCUCACGGAGAAAACAAUUCCUAGUCAAUUUUACAGCAUUUUCAUUCGAAUUAUGAUGGAUGCGGUCAGAAGCGAUAUUGCUCUUUCCAUCGAGAAAUCGUUCAAAUUGUUAAGUACACGUGAUGCGGCCAAUAUGUUGCUGUUUACUAGUGACGCUCAGGUCAACGAAUUCGCCAAGCAGCGGAAGUGGAAGAGCGAACAUGGUUGUUUCGUAUUUGAAACGGAGACGGGUCAUACGGACAAGCCAACGCUGGAUACGGCUCGCAUUGCCAAGCAAACGAUCUUCUAUGCAAAACAAUUGGAAAUGAUCGUUUAA